UUGUUUUUAUCGCAGGAAUAGUUUUGGGGCGUCCCUCGGUAUUUUCCCGUUUUGUAACGAGGCUUGUUUGACUUCUGUCCCAUAACCGGACCGGAACCGGAGCCGGUCCGUGCUCGGUUCGGAAAAUGUCUCGCGUGCUGAUAGUCGGAGCGGGCCUGACAGGCAGCCUCUGCGCAUGUCUGCUGAGGAGAGAGCUGCAGAGUAAAGUUCAGAUUGUGGUGUGGGACAAAGCGAGGGGAACGGGGGGACGGAUGUCCACCAGUCGAGCACCUGAUACCUCAUCUCAUUCAGCUGAUCUGGGAGCUCAGUACAUCACAGCCACACCUGCCUACGCUCGGUCCCACCACAGUUUCUACUCAGAGCUGCUGUCUGCAGGAGUCCUGCAGCCCAUCCACUGUCUCAUCCAAGGUCUGCGGCACAAAGAUGGAGAUCAGGACUACGUGACGCCGCUGGGCACAGGCAGCCUGGUCAAACACUUCCUGUCCGAGUCAGGAGCCGACGUGUUCCUGGAGCGUCAUGUGACCGCUCUGUACCGCCGCGGUGCAUCAUGGGAGGUGGAGAGGACAGCAGGAGGAAGUGAGACGUUUGAUGCUGUCGUCCUGACAAUGCCGGUUCCUCAAAUCCUGCAGCUGCAGGGAGACCUGAGAAACUUGCUGUCCGUCCCACAGAAGCAGCAGCUGGACGUGGUCCGAUACUCGUCCCGCUUCGCUCUCGCACUCUUCUUCUCUCCAGAUGUGGUCUUCAGUUUUAGCUGGGGGGCCCAAUAUGUCAGCGACAGCUCCGUCAUCUGUUACAUCGCCGCCGACAACAGGAAACGUAGCGCAGACACUCCGGGUCUUGGCCCGUCCCUUGUCAUCCAUACCAGUGUCCUGUUUGGCCUGGAGCACCUGGAACAGGACAAAGAGGACGUCAAGCCAAUCAUCUUAGAGGAACUCCGUAGGCUCCUCCCUGAUCUACCUCAGCCAAUCAGCAUCAAGUGUCAUAAGUGGAGGUACUCUCAGGUGCUGACCUCAGUUCCUGACUGUCCAGGUCACAUGACCAUCGUUGACCAACCGCCCCUCAUCUGUGGCGGCGACGCUUUCAGCCACUCCAACUUUGAUGGAUGCGUGGAGUCUGCACUGAGCGUGUUUAGUACACUGAAGGGAAUGCUGGGGGUCCAGCAGAGUGCCUGAGCCACGCCCACACCGGAGCCACGCCCACAUCUGUCAAUAACCAGUUCAUGUGAAGUGACUUAUUGAUUCAAAUUUAUUAAAGGUUUGAUCUUUAAUGUUUUUACUUUAAAUAAAGUUAAACAUUUGUGGAAGAAA